AGUUAUGCAGUUUGUAAUAUUGUGAUGAAGGUCAAAGCUAUUAUAAACCUUCAAGAUCUUGUGGAGGUCUGGCAAGUGAGAUAUGAAUUCAAAAUACUUUUUUUUCUUGUUAAAAGUUGGUAUAAAAGAAUCAAACCAAAACACGAAAAGCACAAACUUGGUUACUCUACCAGAAGUCACAGCUACAAACAUGCUGUUCGUCGCUCUUUUCCUUGGUCUUCUCGCUUGCUCUCAGGCUGGUCUGCUUGGAGGCUAUUAUGGUGCUGGUGUCGUAGCCCCUGCUUAUGCAGCAAGUUAUGGUGGUCCUGACCCUACCGGUGCCUUUGCUGUAGCUCAAGGAGCUGCUGCUAACCGCGAAGGUGCCAUCCUACGUGGAGUCCCUGUUGGACGUGCCGCUGCCCAUUCUACUAAUGUGAACCACGGUGGAUUCGGUCUUGGCCAUGGCUUUGCCUUGGGUGGACUAGGCUAUGGUUAUGGACUUGGCGGUUUGGGUUACGGCUAUGGAGGUUUAGGUUACGGUUAUGGGCUUGGAAGUUAUGGCUAUGGACUUGGACUGGGUCAUGGAUACGGUUUUGGCUUGGGCAAGGCCUUGCUGCACUAAAUAUUACCUUCGGCCAUCGAUUCCUGCUACGGACCGGACGUUACCAAUUAUCAUUACCAGAAUAUUGACUAUUACUUGCUUCCAUCUCUUUGCUUAAGACGAUUUUCUGGGGAUAUAAAUAUGAUAUAUUUUUACGUGUGAACUGGAGAAACUCAAUAAAGAU